AUGUGCUGGGGAGUUCAGGAUCACAACUUUUGCGAAUUGUGCCGCCAGGAGACUGCUCUUGAGAUCAACUGGCUAGGUUGUCAACUUGAGUUUUGCGAAGUGGACUCGCCUGUCUGCCAGAACCCUAUCAUCUCCAAGCUAAUCACAUACUGCUCAUGCCAAACAUGCCAGACUGAGGCUUACGAUGGAGGCAACCCUGACGACAUUUAUCCAGAGCCCUUUGCUCACCCAGGCUUCUCUGACACUAAGCCCGUGAUCCCAGUAGACAGAGUCCAGUUUCCUGAACCGACAGCCUAUGAGUCGUUUUCGAAUGUUGAGAAUCUUGCAGGAUCUGCUGACGAGUUGCCUAGUUACGAGGAUGCGAUGAACGAAAUACCCAGCCCGCCUUCUUAUGAUCUUACUUUAGUGCGCGAUAACCCGCUGGAAGGCGUGAAAAUCCUGAGCACAGCUCACAGACGUGCCACGAGGCGUUAUCAGCAGCUCAUGCACGUUGCAAAGAAGCGUAGACAAGACAUCCGUAGGUUUCUGAACCAGAAUCCACCCACUGACACCAUCAGAAUACUGGACUAUGCGACCGAGGUCAUCGAGUCCUUCCUGUUUGAUCAAGAGCAAAGGCUCUCUCGUAUGGACUUGCUUGCGCGCUCUUUCCUGGCAAUCCGUGAAGAGAUCGAUCUGCUGCCCAGUUCACCACAGAUGGCAUUGCUCGAGCACAAGCGUCAGUCUAUCAUUAGAGAGAUGGAAGGAUACGUCGAUCAAGACAAUACGCUGGGAACCGCCGAGGUAUGGGAUUUGAGACUCGAGAGUCUGCUGAACCAUGUCGGCGUUGAAAUGGUCAGUGCUAGCUUGCAGGAGAUUCGAGACAUGAUGGCUUCUAUAAGGGCUAUGCGUGCUAAUGCUUCAUCGACUUAA